AUGGAUGACAUACCAAGCUAUGGAAUCUGCUGCAUUGACAAUAUCGUAGGAGACAACUACCACAAGUCCCAUCAAUUUGGAAUACACAUGUUAAAAAAUAAUUCAUUUAUAAAAUCACCAGAAGCCAAAAAUAUUGUAAAAGACAAACCUGUUGUUCAUCGAGUAAUGAGUGUACCAGGAGCUGGAAGAGACGUUGGUCUUUCUGUUGUUCUGAAUCUUGAAGAAAAUACAUAUAUGGGGUCAAUUAGACCCAGCUUGGGAGCUUCUAUCCUCGUUCACGAUCCCUUUACAUAUCCAGAAGUUGAACUUCUUACUAGUUUUAUACAACCGACUCAAGAAACUGCCAUGAUUUUAUCCGCUUCAAUAAUGGUGAGCUCAGAGUCUGUAAGAAGUCUAAGUAAUUCGCAACGUAAUUGUUGGUUUACUGAUGAGAAACAGCUUAGCACGAGUUCGAUCUACAGUUAUCAAUCCUGCAUUACAGAGUGCAGAAUAAAGUACAUACAAAGAUAUUGUGACUGUGUACCAUUUUACUACCCGAACUUUAGUAAGUUUUUAGAAGUGAAGUGA